AUGGCUACUGUGAAAGAAAGUUACAGUCAAGCAAAUGGUGGGUAUCUAUGGAAUUUUGAGAAUCAAGAGUUCAGCGUAAAAAAUGCUAAACAAACUCUUGGACAAAAUUUGGACCUGAAUGCGUCAUCCAAUACGUUCUGUUGGAAUAAUUGGGUGCAAAGCAAGUGUACUACUUUUGUUUGGAGAGCGGUAGACGAGAAAAUUCCGUCGCUGUUAGCAUUACGGAACAGAGGUAUGAACCUCCCAAAUGUGACAUGUAAAACAUGUGGUGCGGCAGAUGAAUCGGCUCAUCAUAUACUAAUUGAAUGCAACUUCGCUAAAAGGGUUUGGGAAAUGAUCUCGUCAUGGUUAAGAAUUCCAGUGGUGAACCCGGAACUGAACCUCAAGGAUAUGCUUGCUGAAUUACUCGAAGUUCAAAGAUGUCGGAUCAUCAGGAAGCUUAUUCAUGCUGUAGCAAUACAGACACUGUGGUCACUAUGGAAAUCAAGAAACGAAAAGGUUUUUUUCCGGUAG